AUGGAUGAGAGCUGCAGCGGCAACAAGAGGAGGAAAGGGGAUCCCCAUCAGCGGCCGGAGCAGAUGAGCGACAUGGCGGCGCCGGCGGCGGGCGUCACUGGCAUCUUCGGCCCCGAUGUACUCGACUGCACCAUCUGCUUCGACCCCCUCCGGCAUCCGGUGUUCCAGUGCGUCGUUGGGCAUGCGAUAUGCUCACCCUGCCAUGGCAAACUCAUAAACAAGGAGAACUGCAACACGUGCUCCCUCCCCGGCGGGUACAACCGAUGCUACGCACUCGAAAAAAUCCUGGAGUCCAUCCGCAUCCCUUGCGCCAACGCCGCAUACGGGUGCACCGUGAAGACGCACUAUCACGAGGUGGAGGAUCAUGGCAAGUCAUGCCCCCACGCGCCAUGCUUCUGUCCGGAACCUGGCUGCAACUUCGCCGGCUCCACCGUCGCACUCCUGGCUCAUCUUACCAGCGGUCAUAUGUGGCCAUCCACUGAGUUCGAGUACAAUGAUAAGCUCACACUGGAGGUGAAAGCAGGAGUGCAUGUUCUCCACAGGCGAGACAGGAGUCUCUUUUUCCUGGUGAAGUUCACUCCGGCGCCGCCACCUUACGGCAGCGCCGCCUCAGUGUUGUGCGUAGAUCCUGAUGCCGCCGGAGUAAAUAGCAUAAAACUACCACUUUUCAUGCUAGGGUUUUAA